AUGGGAUUAGAUGGUGGUACAAUUCCAACAAGAUGUGAAUUAGUUAAAACAAAGAAAAAAGAAGUAAAAGUAUUUGAUAAAGAUCAAGUUGAUUUUGGAAAAUGGUUUUUAUGUGCAUUAGCUCAAGAUACAUUAAGUGAACCAAUUGUAUUAGAUGACUUGGGAAAUUUAUUCAAUAAAGAUAAUAUAAUAGAGGCAUUAUUAAAUGGUUCAUUAGAAACAUCAAAAAACUUUUCACAUAUUAGAUCAUUACGUUCAAUUUAUACUGUCAACUUUUCACCAAAUCCUGCUCAUGAAAAAGAUUCAACUGUCUCACCUUGGUUAUGUCCAAUAACAAAGAUUGAAGUUGGAAGUUCAAAUUAUAAAUUCAAAUUUUUAAAGACAUGUGGUCAUGUAUUCUCUGAAAAGGCUUUUAAAGAAUUAAAAAAUGAUGAUAGUAAUAAUAAUAACAAUAAUAAUAAUAAUAAUAAAAAAGAAAUAGAUUCAUCAAAAGAUAAUUUAUCAUGUUUUUUAUGUUCAAAAGAAUAUAUUACAAAUGAUUUAAUAACAAUAAAUCCAUCAGGUGAAGAAUUUGAACAAAUGAAAGUUACAUUACAAGAGAAAUUAGCAAAUAGUAAAAAGAAAUCAAGUAAAAAAUCUGAUAAAAAACCUGAUAAUAAAAAAAGAUCAUUAGAAUCAAAUUUAGCAUCAGAAUCUAGCUUUACUUCUAAUACUUUGGCACAAACAAAUGAAGAAAUUUCAAAGAAAAUGAAAUCUGAAGCAUUUUCAAGUAUUUUUAAAUCAAAUAGCAAUAAUGAUACAACAAAGACUCCAAAUAAAUAA